CCGGAUACGAAGCUCACUGGUCGUCCCCUCCCCAACCGUCGUCCUCCGGUUCAAUCUGCAACAAGCACAGAAGAAAACCAUGGCCUAGUGAUAGUUUUCAAGUUAAAUGGGCCUUCGUUAGCUGUAGUGGUACUGGCUGGGCCCCUGUAGUUUUCGGACCUUCGGGCCCUGUUUGCCCAUCGCCUUCCUCGACAUCGAAAUCUGGAAGCACGCACGCACGCCGCGCGCCCGCGUUCACAGUGAGCUGUGAAGUGCAAACCACAAAUCCCAUUUCCCAGGGGCAAGCAAGAAGAUGCGCAGGCGACGCCUUGAACUCGCCUGUUCCUCCGACGACGAAGCAGGAAAUGGAGAAGCCGCUACUGCUCCCAACCCUGUGCCAGAUCCUCCUCUUCCGCCUGCUGCGGUCGAGAUAUCCGAUGACGAAGUUGGUGAAGCCUUCAUCGACGUCUCCGAGAGCUUCUCCUCCCCAUCUCAUUCUCCCCCGCCGCCGGCGCCUCCUGCUCCGGUGGCGGAGUUCCUGCAGGGAUUGGGAUUGAGGUUGAGGAGAGAAUGGCUCGACUCUUGCCUGGACGCCCUCCGCGCCUCCCUUCCCCAUUUCUCUUCCCUCGACCCUCCCUCUAUCGCCAAGCUCUGCUUUCAGCACUUCUUGCUCUCCGACAUGAACUCCUCCGGCGCCGGCGUUCUUCCCCCGAAUGUCCACACGAUGCACCUCGCUCAUCUCCCCGGGCCCUUCGUCUUGCAGGUAGAUGAGGUUGUUAAUAUCAGUUGUCCUCUUCGAGGCAGGUACGAGAAUGCACCUGCUGGCCUCAAGAGGUGCCUCAAGUUGUCCAUGACCGACGGUGUUCAACGUGUUUUCGGCAUGGAAUACCGCCCCCUUCAGGAUCUUCACGCCUUGGCCCCUGCUGGAUUUAAGAUUGCUCUUUGUAAUGUCCAUAUACGUCAUGGCCUUCUAAUGUUGGUUCCUGAAGCUGUUGAGGUCUUAGGAGGUGUUGUCGAUGAGUUGGAAGCAGCACGUCAGCAGCUUGUUCAAGAAGUAAAUAAACCUCCGAGAGGGAGAAGAACGAGGUCCGGAGCAGCUCCUUCAUUAGCAACCAGAGCAACACUUGCUGCCUGGUCACCUAAUGCUGAUCAUGUGGCACAAAAUGGUAGUGCUAUAGCACAAGAUUCAACUACUUCCUUGACGAGUAGAGGUGUUAAUCUGGCACCAACUGAAUUGGGUAAUGAUCUAAGGAGCUCGGUGCAGUCUGCUGUUCCUGCUAGUGUGCAGAAUGCGGUGCCUAGCCCAUCACCGAACUUCAUCUCAGAAUUUGAAGAAAUGCAUGUGGAUGCUGUUCCAAUGAGUAACAUGGAGACUGCCUCCUGUUCUUCAGCAAAUGUUGCAGCAAACUCUGCUGAAAUUCACGCGGGUUCCGUUUCAAAUGUGAUGCCAUACGUGGUUUCUAACUUCUCACAUGGCAUGGUUUCAUCUGUCAAUGAGUUGGAUCCUGAUGUUGAGACCUUGGACGGAUUAGGUGCUGUACCCAAUCCUCCUUCGGAUAUUGCAAUAGAUGUGGAUGACAUUCAAAUGGUCGCUGAGAUUGAACAUCCUCUCAUAUUGUCUGGAGAUCGAGAAAGCCCAUUCAUGUACUUAGCAAGUUUAUCCACAAAGUGGGCUGCAACGAAAGAGAAAGCAUCGUCCGUGCAAGGAAAAGUCAAGUGCAUUUUGACUGGUGUGAAGGGAUUCCAGUACAAGCAAAGGACAACAUACGAGCUUCAGGUUUAUGUUGAUGAUGGAAGCCUCAUAUCUGAGAUUCUGAUCAGUCACAAUGUCGUGCUCAAGGGAAUUGGGCAUUCUCCAGAGGAGGUCACUGCAGCUCUUUCUUCUACGGACAAGACGAUAGUCAGUGCUAUGAAGGAGACAUUAAGAAAAUUUCAAUAUUUUCUGGUGAACUUCGAGGGAAUUAUGCUUGUGGAGAUCAAUGGAAAUUCUCCGCUUCCAAUCGCCAUUGAGAUGGAUGAAGGUUGUAAUACGUCUGAUGCAUGGCAGCUCCUGAGAAGACUGAAGUCCUUUACCUCGCGUCAGGAACAACGCUCAUCAUCAAAAUUUAUAGAUGUAUCCCCUUGAUUGUCGAGGCAUGAAUUGCUUCCUAUUGGCAAAGGAAGUACCGAGCUAUGAAAGCUGAUAAUAAUGACAUUGAGCAGACAGUGAAAGAGCAUGAUGGACUUGAUUCAAGCAUAAACUUCCUGGAAGUUGGAUAAGCCUGGCUGCUACUGCUUCAAGUGCCUAUGCACGU